AUGAAGAAAGUUCAAGCUGGAGAACCGAUUCUCUCGAAUUAUGCUCGCAAUUUACUCAAUGACAAAUGUUUUCAUUAUUUAGUCAUGGAAGCUAUACGAGAAUUGAAGAAUCUUAAUACCAUAACUCUCUAUUACUAUUUCCUUCUUUCAGGAUUUUGUAUUAAAAGUUUCAAAGUCAAUACCAAUGAAAAAUAUUUUAUCAAUGUCUGCCAAGCCGAGGAAAUUCCCUCUCCCGAAGACAUUUCCGAAACUGAGUUAACGGCCAUUCUAAAUUCGGAAGAGCCAAGUUCAUUUCGUAUACCAAUGAGCAUAUCGGAACCACGCACAACUAAAGAUAAAUCCAAUAAUCCCGUUGAUGCAGUUGAUAUUGCCAUCAAUCCGAAAUUCUUUAUUAAAAUUGAAAAAUCUUUGCUAUUUCGUGAUUUCUUUUUGGCCCUCAUCGCCGAGGCUCUCAACGAUAAAUACAAUGUUCAGAUUAAAGUUGACAAGGCUAUAAUUUUGAACAAUCGCAAGUUCAUUGGUACUCUGGUAUCACAUCGUGUGCGUAAUAAUGAUGUUAAAACUGUAUUGAGUUCUUAUAAAAAUCCCAGCAAAGAAGAUGUGGAAAAACUUAAAACUCUUGAAGAAUCAGCUGCAAAAGGUCCGAAACCUUUGGUGCAAGAAAUUGAUGUGAAUGAAUUGAAAGCCUUAAAACAAAAGACCGAACAAGUUAAGCAACAACAAACCACAGAUUCUAUACGCAUUAAGAAAGAAAUAUCCCAAGCUGCUUCCAUCUUACCCGAUUAUAAGUUGAGAGCACGCAUUAAGAAUGAAGCGGUAGAGGAAGUUCAAGCUGAAUUUUAUUUGCCAAAAUGUAUUUCUUCUCAUGAGUUGACUUUGGAUAUUGGCGAAGAUCGUAUACUUUUGGAAUCCAUGAAGCAUGGCUACUUGUUUGAUAAAUUUGUCAAUUAUCGUUUAAAUCAAGAGAAAGCUCGCGCCAUAUUUGAUAAAACUAAUAAGAUGCUCCAAAUUCGCAUUCCUGUUAUGACGGCUUAGUCAAAAAUCUUAGUUUCCAAUGGCCAGUUGAGUUAUGUUUGUGUAUUUUUUAUAAUUUAAAUUUUAAUUUUCAUUUACAUAUACAUACAUAUAAAUAAAUAUUACUAUUUUAAAUAGCAA